GAAGCAUUACAGGUGCAGCUUGGGUUCUGUGGAAAGCGACCCAGCUGAAGGGAAGCACAAUGUCCUGCUUGUGAAAGUUACUCACAAGCAGGGCAUUGUGCUUUCCCCCUUUGCCCUCCCUCGCCGCGUGGAAAAGGCCUGCCAAGCUUUCAAGACAAAGAUGCCUUUGGACAAAGCGGGCUUGUGGCGCCAAAGAGGGUUCUUGCCUUGGCUGAGGCGAGAGAUCCCGCGAAGGCCUUGCUCGCGACCCGAUUUGGUCUGCCGGGAGGCGCGCGCCCGGCCGGACCCCGCCCUCUUCUCCUCGCGCAGCGCAGAAGCCUCUCGCGGCCGGAUGCCUCGUCCGGAGCGUCACUCCUCGCUGACGCGAAAGGAAGAAAGCCCCCCUCCCUCCUCCCUUCCUCCCUUCAGGCCCCACAUCAGGAGGGGAGUGCUGUGGGGAGGACUCUCGGCCAUGACGGCGUCCUUAGACCCUCAGGAUUAUAUGGAAGGCCUCAACCACUCUGUUGUUGUAUCUGACCAUCCAACAAGCCCUGAUCCUGCUUUGUUGAUGUCUGAUGUACAGUCAAGUCCCUCUUGCCAGCGACCUUUUAAAGCUGCAUGUACAUUUUCCAGUAAUAGCUCUAUCCUAAGAAGAGAAAGCCCAACAAAUGAACACAUCUGGCAACAAGACACUUCUACAUCUUCUAUAAUGUCCCAGUUUUCAGAAAUGAACCAUGGCAAAUUGUUAGGAAGCUACUCCACAUCUCAUGAGUUUACUGCUCCUGUGCAAGAUGGUUCCCUUUUGUGUCAUUUCCAGAACAAAGGACCCCCCACUGGGUCACUGAAAAGCUUAAAGAAUUCAUCAGCUGAUCAGCAGCAAAACUCUGAGGGCAAUGCCAGCAUUCAAGAUUUCCUCAAUUUUGGUAGUUGCAGUGUCAAUAGUAGCCAAUCGCCACUAGGAAAGAAACAAUCUGCUUUUUUGCCACGUGGUAAUGGCUCUCCCAAAAUGUCAAAAUCACCAGUGGACAGUAGCUUUUUAACACAGAGUUUUCUUGCAUCCACUCCAAGACCCAACAGCCAGAAUAGUCCAAAUGAACAAAGUCAGGGAGUGAAUAUGCCACCUCAUCCCUCACUUCAAGAGAAGAGGAGGACUUCAGAAGGCGAUUGUUCUUUUCGCUCUAUCUCACCUUCAAGUGGCUUCUCCAGCCCACAUAGUGGGAGUUCUAUUGGUAUCCCAUUUCCAGAUGUCCUCCCUGAUUUCUCUAAAGUUGUAAGCACUUCAUCAUUGCAAGGAAAUACAAAUGACAAACAUGUGACUGUGAAGUUUGUCCAAGAUACCUCCAAGUUCUGGUACAAACCAGAUAUCUCAAGAGAACAAGCCAUUGAUGUUCUGAAGGACAAGGAAGCUGGAUCAUUUGUUGUUCGUGACAGUCACUCAUUCAGGGGAGCCUAUGGGUUGGCCAUGAAAGUUGCUACACCUCCUCCUUCAGUGUUACAGCUAAAUAAGAAAGUUGGAGAUCUGUCCAAUGAACUUGUCAGACAUUUUCUGAUUGAGUGUACCCACAAGGGAGUGAGGUUGAAAGGAUGCCCCAAUGAGCCAUAUUUUGGUAGCUUGGCAGCUUUGGUGUAUCAGCAUUCCAUUACUCCUUUGGCAUUGCCCUGCAAGCUGCUCAUCCUAGAUAAAGAUCCACUGGAGGAAGUUUCUGAAAUGGCACCACAGACAGCUGCAAACUCAGCCACAGAUCUUCUCAAACAAGGCGCAGCAUGCAAUGUUUGGUACCUGAAUUCUGUUGAACUGGAGUCCCUCACAGGUUAUCAGGCAAUCCAGAAGGCACUGAGUUUAACACUGUCUCAAGAACCUCCUCCCAGUUUUACUGUGGUCCAUUUUAAAGUGUCCACACAGGGAAUCACACUGACAGACAAUCAGAGAAAGCUCUUUUUCAGAAGACACUAUCCAGUCAACACUGUUAUUUUCUGUGCUUUGGAUCCACAGGACAGGAAGUGGAUGAAAGAUGGUCCUUCAGCAAAGGUGUUUGGAUUUGUUGCAAGGAAACAAGGUAGUGCCACAGAUAAUGUUUGUCACCUGUUUGCACAGCAUGAUCCGGAGCAACCUGCUAGUGCCAUCGUAAACUUUGUGUCAAAAGUCAUGAUAGCUUCCCAGAAAAAGAACUGAAAGACAUUGGCAGUGCGAUGAGUGACAUUUCAGGAGAAGAGUUACUAGGAAGAUUAUUCCAAGAUUAUUCCACAUCUUCUGCAUCCACCUGUUCCCAAGGAAGGUGUUUCAUGUGCAUAGCAAUACAAGGCCCAUUAACUGUAUCUCAGUAAUAGGUUGACUAUUUAUAACAUUUUGCCAUUAAUCUGCAGAGUUAAACCCAGAAGAAACUAAAAACCAGCAAGAUUCCAAGUGCCUAUUUCUGAAUAAACUUGAAAACACGAAGAAAAGGAUCUAAAUUAAAAUACUAUUUUCAUGCCUUGCUUUCAGCUUUUCUGUUCAGUCGCUUUAUUACAACAGAAUGGAAAAUCAAUCUAGCAAACUGCAUUUAUGUGGAAUCCAUGCUAGAAAGCCAUAUUCUUUAAGAGUGGAGCUACAUGAUGGAGGAUGUGGAAAGAAACUACAUUUUUUAAAACAGUGUUCUCGUGUAGAAAUGCUUUUUUUUCAGGCUGCUUUUUGCACACACACUGCCAGACAUCAGAAACCAUUCUUGAAAAGAGAAGGACCUCUGCCUGCAUUUGUAAGACUAAUAAUUUGGUGGGAUGAAAGGAGUCCUAUGUGGUGUACAGCCCUUCCUGUUGCCAAAUCAUGAAUGACCACCUCUACUAGAUCUUCACCGUGGCCACUGCCCCAGACAUAGAACCACUUGCUUUUCUAGAUCCUUACCUUGUGCAUGUGCUAUAAUGAAGGUUAAGUAGCUCUAAUUUGUUUGGAAAUAAGCAGUAAUGGGUGUUGGUCAGUAACAAAAAUAAAAGAUGCAGUGAAUAUUCAGCAUAUUUUCCAUUGCUUUUUGUAGGAAAAAAUGAGGAAAAGGUCAUUUUCAUGAUUAUAGGAUAAGAAUAAGGAUAUGUAUGUAUGUAUGUAUGUAUGUAUAUGUAAUUUGCUUUUUCCUAAUGGUUUAUGCAAACUUUUCGGUCAUAGAACCCUUCAGAAAACUUUUUUUAAAACUACGCAUUGUGAAUCCACAAAGCCCCUUUUUCAUUCAUCUUCUAUUUCCUGAGUAUUUUUGUAUCACUUGGUAGAUUUGAAAAUAAAGAGAAAACAUUUUAAAUAUAACCACAAAUCUUUUAUUUUGGUACAAGAAAAUAUUGGGUAUACAAUACCACAAACAUUUAUUUUGGUACAAAAAAUUCCAUUCCAUUGAUUCAACUAGUUCUGGUUGAAUUGGGACCAGCAAUUUGAUUUUGGCCAAUGUUUGAACAUUUACCCCAUAUAAAUUAUACCAGUUACGCAGGCCUACAUGUCACUUUGUGUUGGAAUGAAAGGAACUUUGCAUUCAGAAGAAAAGAGCAAUUAGAAUGAUUCUACAACAUUUCCAUUGACAGUAAAGGAAAUGGGCUCAAACCGAAAUAUCAAAAUUGCAUAAUUAAAUCUCCAGAAUGUAAAUAUAUAUGCCAGUACAUUAAAAAGGCAAAUGUUUUUUGUUUUGUCAGGCAUUGGGAUUGAUAAUUCUCAUAUCCAUGUUUGAAUAGAUUAUUGGGAUCAGAAACAUAGCUACCAUUGAAAUAACUAGGCAAAGUAGCUUUUUAUAUCAAAUCCUUUCUAUAUAACAUGUAUUCUUUAAAGAUAUGUUUUGAACCCACUAGAUGGAAUUAAGUCCCCGAAAAAUAGUUUGUCUUUCAUGGAUUUCUGCAAGAGCAAUAAUUCAUCUUUAUUUCUCUGAAAUUGGUGAUUCAACUUAUAAAUUAUAUGUCACCUGACACUCCCAUCUCCAUACUGUUUAACAUUUACCACCAGCACCACCACUACUACUUCUUUAAAAGUUGGUGUGGAUUCUGGCAUCUUUUGGCUUGAAUUCCUCCCCCCCCCCCCCCCCCCGCGCACCAUUUUUGGAAGGUAGAAGCUGCAAGGGUCAAGAAAACAUCUAGAUUUCCCACAAUUACAGUAGAAUAUAAUAAUCCAAAAAUUAGUUCACACUUGUAAAAUUAACAUUGAAUUUGAUGGUUUUGAGAAACUAACCACUAUUCAGCAACAUACAGCAGUAUAAUAAAUAUUCAGAGUUAAUUUAUCCCCCUUACAUAUAAGUGACACUUUGUAUUCCUGCUCAGAAAUUGAAUUUUUGAACUUGUGUAAAUGAAUGUGAUAUAAAACCUUUGUAUAGUCAUUUCCCAUGCUUUCUGGAUUAUCACCUCUGUUCAAAUUCUAAUAAAAAUUAUAAAUUUUAUAAAUCUUA